AUGAAGUUCCAGCAUAAUUAAACUUGUAUCUUCCUCCUUAUUUUCAUUUUACAUAAUUAAAUAAUCGGUCAAGUUAUAGUGGAUAUGAAGUAUGGAUAUUGUGAUUGUGAGGAGUUUGAAACUGAUUAUGAAUGCUUAAUUAAUCCUAAAUGCAAAUUUGAAGAUGGGAAAUGCAAACCUCUUUCUUGUGAAAGCAUAAACGAGAGUGAUAGGGUUGGGCUGUGUAUUUUUGCAAAAAAUUAGGGAUGCGUAUUUGAUUACAAGAAGAAAACAUGCAGUGAUUUUAAAGGGUGUUCAUUUUACGAUUUAUAGUCGCACCAUGAGUGCAGUUUCAAUCUUCCUUCUAAUUGUUAUUAUGAUUCAGAACUCAAAAGGUGUGAAGAUUAAUCUUAGCUUCCCAAAGCUACUAUUAUCGUAGUGUUUUCAUGGAAGAGAAGGACUUUGUGUUGUUAAAGAUGGGAAAUGUUAAGAAUUUACUGAAUGUGAAGAUGUAGCUGGGAAUGAUAUAAGAUUUAAAGAAGCAGGGCUAGCAUGCCGCCGCACUUCUGAAGAUUACCCAUGUGUAAAAAUGAUUGGGGGUUGUUAAUAUGCCACAGAAACAACUUGCUUUGAAGCUCGCGUAAGAAUGAACAGCUAUGAAUCCUACCUUUGUAAAGAAAAAACUGUUUUAAAAGUGGACUGCAUCGAUUGGAAUCCAGCUAACGAAAGUUUAGAUACUUGCCUUUUUGAAUCUUUUGGUACACAUCAUUGGAAAAACAAUAAAUGCGAGAAAUGUUAACCAGGUAAACCAAAUUUUAGCAUAGAAUUAGAAAUAGCGAUUAUACUAUUGUCGCUAACAUUUUGA